ACACACACAUACACACACACACACUCUCUCUCUCACUCUCUCUCUCUCUGACUGAGCCAAGCGGCAGCAGCGGAGCAGCAGCACAACAUUCCAUCUCUGAUCGGACUCGGGAUAGGGAUUCCUCUGUGCAUGUAAUCAACACCACUCUACAUCAGCAGACCAUUCACACACACACACUUGCACCCCACAGCCCUCACACGCUGAAGGAGAGUUUUGCCAAAAGAAAUAAACCUUUUUAUUUUCGCGUAUUUAUGUUCUAUUAUAUUAAGUGAAAGCAUCCCUGGGAAUUAAAGGUCUAUCAAGCUGUGGUGUUAAUGAUGUCACCCUGCUCUUUAUAAAGCCAGCCUUGCCUGCAUUUCAGAAGGUCAUAUAUAAGUCUGAUACGAGCGAGCAAAGACUUUCCAAUGGACUUGCACAGAACAGCUUUCAAGAUGGAGAAUUCUUCCUACCUCCCUAAUCCCCUAGCAUCUCCAGCUUUGAUGGUCCUAGCCUCCACAGCAGAGGCUAGCCGAGAUGCCUCCAUCUCUUGCCAGCAGCCUAGACCUUUUGGAGUACCCGUCUCAGUGGACAAAGAUGUCCACAUCCCUUUUACCAAUGGUUCAUACACCUUUGCCUCAAUGUACCAUCGUCAAGGUGGGGUGCCGGGGGCCUUCCCCAACCGAGAUUUCCCCCCUCAGCUUUUGCAUCUGCAUCAUCAAUUUGCACCUCCAAAUCUGGACUGUACCCCCAUCAGCAUGCUGAACCACAGCGGCGUUGGGGCAUUCCGGCCUUUUGCCUCCGCUGAAGACAGAGACAGUUAUCAGUCUGCCUUUACACCUGCCAAAAGACUAAAGAACUGCCAUGAAAAUGAAUCCCCCCAUCUGAGGUUUUCAGACUCUGAGGGCAAGGAAUAUGAGUUCACAGCCCAGCUCCCAUCCAGUUCCCCCAGCUCACUAAAACUAGAUGACUCUGGAAAAAAGGUCUUUGCUGUGUCAGGUCUCAUCUCUGACCGAGAAAAUUCUGCAAGCCCUGAAGACAGUCGAAAUGAGAGAUGUAAGAAGAAAGCAACUCUGUAUGAUACCCAAGCUCCAAUAUGCCCCAUCUGUCAGGUACUGCUCCGCCCAGGUGAACUACAAGACCAUAUGGAACAAGAGAUGGAAAAGCUCACUCAGAGCAAUAUAUGUAAGCAUUCCAUGUUGAAGGACAACACACUCCAAGGGACUGUGAAGUCUGUAUUGCUAUCAGCACCAAUUAAAAGGGAAGGGGAAUCACCGACAGCAUCACCUCUCUCUGCAGAUGACACUCAUCAUUCAGACAGAUACCAGACAUUUUUGCGAGUAAGGUCCAACAGGCAAGCAAGGCUGAAUGCACGGAUAGGGAAAAACAAGAGGAAGAAGGCCUCAGAUGAUGGCCAGGUAUGUCCACUAUGCAAUGAGACGCUCUCUGGAUCUGUGGAGGAGAUGAGUAGACAUGUGGAAGCCUGCCUGGACCAGAGAGAUGGCUCUUACACAAAUGAUGAUGAGUCUGUGGACAUAGAAAAUGAAAGUGCAAGCGGGAACAGAUUUGAAGAAUAUGAAUGGUGUGGACAGAAGAGAAUACGCGCUACAACCUUAUUAGAAGGUGGCUUUCGUGGAUCCGGGUUUGUCACGUGCAGCAGUAAAGAGAACCAUGAUAGUGAUGCAGAUCUUGAUGUGGAUGGAGACGACACCUUGGAGUAUGGGAAGCCACAAUACACAGAAGCAGAUAUUAUACCAUGCACUGGAGAAGAACCAGGAGAGGCCAAAGAGAGGGAGGCAUUACGUGGUGCUGUGCUAAAUGGUGGAACACCCAGCAACAGAAUAACACCAGAAUUUUCCAAAUGGGCAAGUGAUGAAAUGCCCUCAACAAGUAAUGGGGAGAGUGGCAAACUAGAGGUGCAGACACAGAAGACAUGUAAAAACAGCGAGAUUGAAAAGAUAUCUGAAGAUGCAACUGUAACGACAAUUGAAGCACUGAAAGCCCGCAUCCGUGAAUUGGAACGACAACUGUCCCGUGGAGAUAGAUAUAAAUGUCUUAUUUGUAUGGACUCCUACUCGAUGCCCCUUACAUCAAUCCAGUGUUGGCACGUUCAUUGUGAGGAAUGCUGGCUCAGAACAUUGAUUGCCUGGCUGAACAGAUACAGACAGUGGAAUAGUAGACGGGGACAAUGUGACACUACAGCUGUUCCAUGCAGUACAAUGGGUGCCAAAAAGCUCUGCCCUCAGUGCAACACCAUCACAUCUCCUGGAGAUCUCAGGCGCGUGUAUUUGUGAAGGAGUGGGACGCGAAUGAAAGACCACACUUAUCCUGAGGUCUAGUUAGACACAGUGCCUCACAGCAGGAAGAGGACCGCAGACAAUUGUGGGGUAGCAACAAAAAAGUGAACAAAUAUUCCAUUUUUGUUUUUCUCUUAAAUGUUUGGAAGAAGAGAAGCAACCCAUCCAGGAGGAAAACUUGGUAAUCCUGUUAGUUGUAUUAAAAAAAAAAAAAAAGGAUCCCUAAUACCCAUCCGAGUUCUAUCAGAUGAUUGAUGCUCAGAACAUACUCACAAGCCUCCUCCUUAAUCCUGGUACUGGACGCUACGUCUACUUGAAGACAUUCUGGGCUGUACAUUGUGAAUGGAUCUGUACUGUGUUCUAUUGUUGUGUUAUAGUGACAAAAAAAACAAAAGAUGAAGCACAUGUAAUAUAAAUUAUGUAUGUUUACACCAUUGAUUGUGUAUAAAUGGAAUAGACUUAUGAACAGUGCAUACUAAUAAGUCCUCAAUCAUUCUGAGAGAAAAAAAAGAGAAGUGAUAUGCAUUAAACCUAUAGUAUUUUUACCCAGGCUGUCUUAAGAUUUAAAUAUCUUGAGUUGAUGGUUAAAAAUGAAUCUCGUUUAAUGAAUAAUUUGUGGUGUAUAUUUCUCAUUCAGAGUAAAGUACCAGCUUUGGUAAUGGCUGUAAUACUACCCAUAACUUAAAUGCUAAAUGAUGUGGACAAGUUGGCUUGUCUUAGUUGUAACAAAUGGGCUGCUUGUACUAGGAGCCUGACCCGUUUUAAAUAUCAGGCAGCAGCAGCAGCAGCAGUCCACUGAGGGAGAACCAGGGUGAGCCCUGUGUUGCAGCCACGGUCUACUCCCUGAACUGUAAGCUGUGUUUGUUCUUGUGGACCAGCGUUGUGCUGUGUGUCUCAGUUGUACCAGAAUAUGUAACCAGUUAUAAUGUUUGUUAUUCAUGUGAAAAUUCCUGGAAUAUACUCAAGAAUUUGAAGGUAGAUUUUGAAAGGGAUGCAGAGCUUUUGUGAUUCAUGGUUGUCUGCAACAAUUGGCAAUACUGCCCCUCACAACAAAUGUAACUGAAUUGGCUUCAUCCACUGUUUCUGAGAACCUUUCCGGUGUUACCAAUUGUUAAAGUUUGUCAUUAUAAGUCACCCAGUUUUAGUGUUGUGUCUUGUUAAUAAGGUGGUUAGACUUUGGUUCCUGAUUCUCUUCUGUAUCACAUUUAUGCUACAUUCUGGGACGAUCACGAAACCAUGCAGCUCGCAAAUACAUAUAAAAUGCUUGGCUCCCAAGGAACAGAUUAUAAAACCAGUGGAAGAACUAAGGUCCACUCAAUUCUUUACAAAUUCACUUGUGGUCAAUUACAACCCACAGGUCUAAAAAUAAGCAAAAUAUUACCGAAUUAAUAUAGAAUUUGACCUUUGAUGUAGAAUCUCCUGGCCAGAGAGGCCUACAUGAUGAAAUUUAAAUGCAACCACCUUUUUUGAAGUUGGUUGGACAUAGUUGCAAUUCCUUACAAGUUUAGUUCCUUUCUUUCUCUUUAAUGACCAGUUGCUGUUUUUAUGUAUCCAGACAUCCCAUGAGCGCUGGAUUUUUUUUUCAAACAACUGUUGCCACACAGUUCAUGUAAUAUGGGUUUAAUGAACAAAGCUUGAAGUAUCCAUUAACACACUGGCAUUUGCUAAUAAAAUAUUCAGUCCUUGCAAAAUAAUUUGUGUUUGUCUGUGCCAGUGCAGAAUCAAAUUAUUUAAUAGUAAGGUAUCUUCCAGUUUGCUCAUUGUAUGGUGUUUAUUCCAAAGGAUUUUUAAAGAAAAUCAUGUGGCCUAUUUUACACGAUCACCACACUGCAAAUAGGUUUUAGACUAUUAUUUGACUAAAAAUAUUAACAGUUAAAUUUGGAUAUUCUGUGGCAUGUGACCAUUUAAAUUUGGAUCUAUCAAGCAAGAUACAAUUCUCUCUGAUUAAAUGUUGGGGUAUAAAGUCAAAUUAAGGCAGGUGUGCUGAGCUAGAAGCUACAUCUGAAACUGUUAAAACUGAUGCUAAUGUACAGACAUCUGACCAGAUCCUCUCAUUGACCACAUAUCAAGGCUUGCGAACUCAAAUAUUAAAGAAGGAGGAAAUACAAUCAUUAAAAUACGCAUGAGGUGCCAUUUUCUUAUAAAACAUACAGAUCAUUCUGGCUUUAUUAAUUUUCAGUGCAUCCCCUUGUAACAGCCCAAAAUAGUGUUCAUUGUUGAGGUGGGGUGGGUGUAGCAUAAGAGUCGAGGGAUAACACUCCAGGGAUAUCAGUGUGGUUUGCACAGUUUACACAAUCAUUAUCCUGUAAAUGAGCUGAAUUCACAGCAAUGAAUUGGCAGUAUCAUCAAGUAAUACUAAUUUGUUAUUUUAUUUAAGUUCCUGACAAGUGUUUGGGCCUUUAGCCUCAUAACAUUAGCUGUGUGCUUUUGAUAAAAUUGGAAUGGUUCCUCAUAAUUUUCUUUCAGUCCAUUUCUGGUUCUGCAAAUGAAAACAUUCCUGGAGAAAAACACUUCACAUUAAGAUAUGCUGCUGUUCACAUCCUCCGCUGAGUUUCUUUGGUGCAAAGUCUGGUCCUUAUUUCCAUGAUCUGUAAUCCACAGAUCAAGUGAAUGAUUCACUAAUGAGAAAAAUGGCUGGGCGUUUCAAUUUUUUUUUUCCAGUGUUAUUUGGUAAUUGAGUAUAUGGCCUCUUUAUUUUUGUUUCUUUCAUCUUUCUGCCCUGCACUAUUUGUAACUAUUUAUGAUGAGCUAUGUGAAAAAAAACAGUGCAACUAAUCCAAAGGUUUACCCUCUAUCCCUGCUGAGAAGGAACAUGCAUGUUUUUCCUUCAUUGCUUGCUCUAAGCAGUGCCAGUAUGAAAGAAAGAACUAGCCAAGUAUGGGAAUUCAUACUGGUCAUCCAGUUUUCAUUUAAUCCUCUUUUAAGACAGAUUUAAUUGAAGUCAUUCUUCUGACUUGGUAUGGAACUUUAUCUUGUUUUGCCAGUUUUUUAAUUUGUGAAGAGUAGAUUACAGUCGACAGGAUGUAAAUGGCCAUAAAAUUCUGUGGCGUUAGACAAUAGGUGCAGGAAUAGGCCAUUCACCCCUUCGAGCCAGCAUCGCCAUUCAAUGUGAUCAUGGCUGAUCAUCCACAUGAUUCUAGGUUCUAAAACAUGUGUUGUGAGCAUCUACAAAGUAACGUGAUCAUCUGAUGUUCAGUAAAUACAAAAUGGUUCUUGUAUUCAAUCCUUAGAAUUUAUGCUUAUUUUAUUUUCUACACUGAUUGAAUUCCUCAAUGCUAGCAAAGGUGGAUAUUGCAUGAGAGGGGCCUACACACUAAGAAAAGAUGCAUCACUUUAGGUUAUCUUGUUUCUUCCACUUUUUUUCUUUAUUGAAACACUUUGCAGGUGUUUCCAUCAUUUUUGAUGAUGCAUCUGACUUCAUUGCAUAUGGUGCCACAGCUAACACAAUCUCACAAAGUCCUCUGCUAUUUAAGAUAGAGAUUUUCAAAAUUGUAAGACCUUUGUGUAAGACUUCUAGUUCUAAACUGCAGAUUUAAGAGCAUAGCUGAUUUCUGUUGUGUAUCAAAAAUCUUUUCUAUCCAAGCAUGCUGUGAUAUUUGUCGCAUCUGUCAAAUUGCUUUCCCCAGUGAUCUGCAAUCAGCAGUCACAAGACUUGAUUCAAAUGAUCAUGAAGAAGGAUUUGACUGUAUUAGUUCCUUAUUAGCACCAUAAUUUUUGAAAAACUGCAUAACUUUUCAAUCUAUUCAUUGUCAGAACAUGUAAAGAAUCAACCCAAGCAAAUUAUUUUAAGAGAUAGGUGCUCCUUGGAGCUGAAGUGGUAAACCUGAUAUGGAGUUAGAUGUUUACUGGUCCCGAUAUUGAUCCACUUUAAUCUGUGCUUGCAGCUGUUUCUUCCCUUCUCAUUAACAAUCCUCCAUCCCAACCAAAUGAAAAUGAACAAUGUGAGAAAAGGUCAAUCAGAUUUUUGUGCCAAUUGCACAAUAAUAUAACUUUGAAUAAAAAUGCCAGUUUGUACGGAUGCAGAAUAAAACCAAAUCCACACCACCAAGCUUACCGGUAGAUCUCUAUUACUUAGAUGUACAUGAUGUUUAUCAAAGGUAGAUUAAUGCAGGGCUUUGUUUCUUACGACCCAUCUUUUGCAGUUCCUCUAACAGUGAAAUAAACUGAUGACAUUGGGUGCAAAGACCACAGAUUUUUCUGCAAAGUUGACUUAAGAACUCCUGUGUCCAGAAUGAAGGUUAAAGUUUAUAACAAAAUAAUUUUUAUGUGGUGUGACAUGCUUAGUGUGGAUUGAGAUGAGACAUUUCUGCCACAAUUUGAUCAUUACCCUUCUGUCCCAAUAUUUUUUUCUUAGGAUCCUCUCAGCAACAUCCCACAACAGAUGAAUAAACCUAAUGUCCUUUCACUAUAGUUUGGCUUGCUAACACAAUUAUUCAUCCAUUCAGAAUAGGCAUUUUUCCUGCCUUAUUUCCCUUUUGUAACAUCUCCCAGAAGGAAAUCUCUAUUUGGGAGGGGGUUUUGGGGGGAGGGGGCGUGGGGGGCUGAACGUUCAAAUUGUGAUUUCAUAGAUUUUCCUUGCGACUCGGAGGCCAUUCAUCCCGUUAAGUUUAUGCCAGCUCUCAGAGCCAAUCCAUCAAUCCCAUUCUCCAACUUUCCUGCAACCCUGAUUGCCACCCCUUGUUAAUUCAUUGAUUCACCAAUGCACCAACUAUAUAUUUAAGUUGAUUCCUAUUUAAUGUUGCAACUCUGCUUGAGUCCUAAUUAAAUGCCAGGUUUUUUUUUAGCCAGAGGUGGACUUCAUGCAGCUGAUACAGCAGCCUAUUUAAGGAUUCUGAAGAUCUAACAAUAGAAGUGAACUGUGGAAUGAACAAAAUAAGGCCAAAGAUGUAACAAGUUAGAACGGCAUUUUUAUGAGUGCUUCCUUUCUUCCCACUUCCCCCACUGAACAUUGAAAUAGCAGGACUGCUUUGUGGGUAGAAAAGGAUACUGUAAGGUCGAGUGAUUUAACCACCUUCUGUCUGGUUUGCAAGUGUAAAAUUGAUGCAUUCUGUGCUUGACGUUGGCAUAGACCAAAAGCCUUUUAUUGUAGAAUUUGCGCUUUGUGUCUCCGUGUGAAGCCUGUACCUUAAAGUAUUGGAUUUCUGAGUCUUGCUGUUGAAAUACUUGUAAAGAAAAUAAUAAAUUUUUUGUAACUCA